AUGGCUUCUAAAACUCUUGAGGCUCGCUUUGAGCACCUCUCUGUCAACGACGAAAACGAUGCACCUCCCUCCACGCUUCUGAAAUCAAAGGCUGCAAACCAGGGAACGAUAGCGACUCUCCCCUCCAACCAGUCCCGCGCGAAUCUCGUCAAGUACGCUCUGCAAGCCUCGAAUGAAUCUAGACAGAAUGCCGGCCAAGUUAUCACAACAACCACCAUUUCAACUGUGCCGACCCUCCCUCCAUCACCUCUUAGAAAGCCUGCACAAUUCUCUCGUACAUCAGAUGAAAGCGAUGACUCCCAACAACGGCACUCGAGUUCCACCAACUUCUUCGACCAGCCACAAGCCCCCAAAAACUUCCAUCUAGGCAUGUUCGAGAUUGGAAAGCCCUUGGGCAAAGGGAAAUUUGGCCGUGUCUAUCUUGCCAGAGAAAGAUCUUCGGGCUUUGUUUGUGCUCUGAAGGUGCUUCACAAAUCUGAACUACAGCAAGGAAAAGUCGAGAAGCAAGUUCGUCGCGAGAUCGAAAUUCAGUCAAACUUGAGGCAUCCCAAUAUCUUGAGACUUUUCGGUCAUUUCCAUGAUAGUAAGCGUGUCUUUUUAAUCCUCGAGUUUGCCGGAAAAGGAGAGCUAUACAAACAUCUUCGAAAGGAGAAUCGUUUCCCCGAAUGGAAAGCCGCCCAAUAUAUCGCCCAAAUGGCUGCUGCUCUCAAAUACCUACACAAGAAGCACGUUAUGCAUCGUGAUAUCAAGCCUGAAAACAUUCUCGUCGGAAUUCACGGCGAGAUCAAGAUCUCGGACUUCGGCUGGUCUGUACAUGCUCCUAACAACCGCCGGAAAACCAUGUGUGGUACACUGGAUUACCUUCCCCCUGAGAUGCUCAAGCCGGGUACCUCAGACAACUUUUACACUGAGAAGGUGGACCUUUGGAGUUUGGGUGUUCUCACAUAUGAGUUCUUAGUUGGAGAGGCACCAUUCGAAGACACUCCUGUCAUGACUCAGAGAAGAAUAGCCAGGGGAGAAAUGACGGUCCCCAGUUUUGUCAGCUCAGAAGCCAAGGACCUGAUACAUAGAUUGUUGACUCUCGACCCCGAGAAGAGAAUUCCUUUGGAUGAUGUUAUGCGUCACCCUUGGAUUAUCAAGCACUGCAUAACGAAAGGGGGUGAACGACGACCAUCGGGGAAUAAGGAUACGAAUCCAGAAAAAUCAUGA